CUCGCUCGCUCGCUCGCUCACAUUCAGGAGUGUUUAGAGGAGAGGGAGCUUGUUUUUCUUCCUUCCCUCCUUUUUUCCUGCGACACUCGUUUUCUCGCUCCACCACAGAGGAAGAAAGUUCAGACGAUGCGACGCUGAGACUCUGAACUCAAAGUGAAAUGCUGCAGCCUCGGCUCCUUCUGUCGUCCCUCUUCAUCGUCUUCUUCUCUCCUCUGCCAGCGCCAGCUGAUGGACAGACAGCCAACGCUGCUGGAGGUGGAGGAGGGGGCGUGGACAGGAUCCAGGUGAUGUUCACGCCGACCAUCUGUAAGAUGCGCUGCAGCCAGGAGCGAUGUGUGAAGUACUGCGAGCGAGGCAACAUGACCACGCUGUACAGCAGCAACGAAGGAGACGCAGCAGCAAGGACAGACGUCUCCCACGGACCGGGCUUCAGAGUCUUCCUCUGUCCUCUGCUCUGUAAGAAUGGAGGCGUCUGCCUGCAGAAGGAUCGCUGCCUCUGCCCGCCAAACUUCACAGGGAAGUUCUGCCAGAUCCCCGUCGCUGCCAACGCCGUAGCCGCGGCCGCCCCGCCCUCCUCCACCAAUGAGAUCGUCAAGCCUGCGCUGCCCUCGACCAAUCAGGAUCUGACCCAAUCCGAGUUCCUCCUACCGUUGGGACUGGACCAGGAGGCGGCGAGGUCUGGAGGUGGAGCCUCCGGUCCGUCCAUGGUGAAGGUGCGAGUGCAGCACCCCCCUGAGGCCAGCGUGAAGAUCCACCAGGUGCUGAAGGUGUCUGGAUUCAGUCCCACCCUGCGGACGCUCUCUUCCUCCUCGUCCUCGGGGUCGGCGGGAGCUCCGGCUCCAGGAGGUGGACCGGUCCAAGCGCAGACGCUCAGAGGGGACGGCACGUACAACCAGCAGGCUGGGUUCAAGUACUGCUUCAGAGAGGUCAAAGACAGACAGUGCAGCUCUCCAUUGCCUGGUCUGAGGAGUUGGGAAAUGUGCUGCAGAGGACUUGGGAAGGCGUGGGGCAUCACCGACUGUGUCCUCUGUCCGGACACAGGUCAAAACAACAGCAGCUGUCCUGUCGGAUUUGAACGAUCCAAUGGGGCUCAGUGUGCCGAUGUUAAUGAGUGCCUCCUGCCUGGGCUGUGUGAGAAUGGGAUCUGUGUGAACACCAGGGGGAGCUAUAGCUGUGUUUGUAGGGCGGGGUUCCUCCUUGAUGCCUCACAUGGAAUCUGCAUCUCCCAGAGUGUGAUAUCAGAAGAGAAGAGUCAGUGUUACCGGGUUCUGGGUUCGGGUCAGGGUCCAUCCUCUUGCUCUCUACCCAUCCUGAGGAACAUCACCAAGCAGAUCUGCUGCUGCAGCCGAGUAGGCAAAGCCUGGGGACCCAACUGCCAGAGAUGUCCGUACUUUGGUUCAGUGGCCUUUAAGGAGAUCUGUCCAGCCGGACCCGGUUAUCACUACUCCGCUUCAGCCCUGCAGUUCAACCAGAGAGUCACCGAGCAGCUCGGGAACCAAGGAGCUUCGCUGGUACCCCACGGAAACCAGGAUAACCAGGGUGCUGGUACUUCCAGUAGCAGCGGAGCCUCCAGGUCUCAGGAUAAGCCCUCUUCCUCUGGUGCGACUGCUGGUGGAGCGAGUACUUCAGGGGUCGGAUCCAGUACAGGAUCAGCUGGUACCCACACUAGACCCAGUCCACCCCAGCCCGUACCACGACCUCAGCCCCAGCCUGUACCCCGGCCUCAGCCCCAGCCUGUACCCCGGCCUCAGCCUCAGCCUGUACCCCGACCUCAGCCCCAGCCUGUACCACGGCCUCAGCCUCAGCCUGUACCCCGACCUCAGCCUCAGCCUGUACCCCGGCCUCAGCCCCAGCCUGUACCCCAGCCUGUACCCCGACCUCAGCCCCAGCCUGUACCACGACCUCAGCCCCAGCCCCAGCCCCAGCUUCCACCUCAACCCCAGCCACGACCCCAGCCUCCGUCUCAGCCUCGACCUCAGCCUCCGUCUCGUCCAGACUCUCCUUCCUCCAGGCCUGUUCACCCGGGAAGCACUGGCACCACAGUCACCCAAGACAAACCCCAGACUACAGGCAGACACGGAACCCAACAGAACCAGCUUGACCUUGCUCCUGCACAUCCAAGACCACAACCUCCGUCCACCGGGACUCAAGCAGCCGGUCGGUCCUCCCCUGUGCCUCCCCGGCCCGAUCCACCACCAGCUAGAGGGGACACUCUCCCAUCUCCGGCCCAGCCGCAGACUCCUGAGCGUGGGUCGAGGCCCAGCAGCAGACCACCUGUGAGCCCGACGACCCGAGUCCAGACAGUGCGAGGUGUGUGUGAGACCAGACCAGGUGUGUGUGGGCGUGGCCGCUGUGUGGAUCAGCCAGGUGGAAGACACAUCUGUGUGUGUGAUCAAGGAUACCAGCCCAACACUCAGCGCACGUACUGCCAAGACGUGAACGAGUGUGCGCAGUCUCCAGGUGUGUGUCCGGUGGGGGAGUGUGUGAACUCGAUGGGCAGCUACAGGUGUGUGUGUCCGUCUGGAUACAGGAGCAGCAGCCAGCAGACCGGUUGUCAAGACAUCGACGAGUGUCAGCAGAAUCCCUGCAGCAACGGUCGCUGUGACAACACGCCGGGCAGCUACAGGUGUGUGUGUCGCCUCGGUUACAGAGUCAGCGGGAACACCUGCACAGAUGUGGACGAGUGCGAGGACCCCCUGCAGUGUCCAGGUCAGGAGUGUAUCAACAGUCAGGGCUCGUACCGCUGCGUCUCCUGUCAGCCUGGAUACAGACUGUCCAACAGGCUCUGCACAGACAUCGACGAGUGCCGCCAGGCGCCCUGCACCAACGCUCGCUGUGAAAACACACCUGGAAGCUACCGCUGUGUCUGUCGCCAUGGUUACAAGCUCCAGAACAACACCUGCACAGAUGUAGACGAGUGUGCGGAGCCGUCUCAGUGUCCCGGUCAGAUGUGUGUGAACACUGUGGGAUCGUACCGCUGCAUGUCGUGUCGACCAGGAUACACACUCGUCAACAGACAGUGUGCAGAUGUGAACGAGUGUGAGGACCGCGAGGUUUGUCGGGGUCAGCAGUGUGUGAACACGGACGGGUCGUACAGCUGUGUGGACUGUGAGCAGGGAUACCAGAGUGUGAACAGAGUGUGUGCAGAUGUGGACGAGUGUGUUCAGCCCUCUCAGUGUCCCGGUCAGCAGUGUGUGAACACUGUGGGUUCAUAUCGGUGUGUGUCGUGUCAGCCCGGAUACAGCAGCCAGGACGGCUCCUGUAAAGAUAUUGAUGAGUGUGCGAGCGCCGGGGCGUGCGAGGCCAAGCGUGUGUGUGUGAACACGGUCGGCUCGUUCAGGUGUGACUGUCGUCCCGGAUACCGAGCGCCGAGUCUGGGGAGGCAGUGCAGAGACAUUAACGAGUGUUUGGAGGGAGAUUUCUGUUUCCCCCGAGGAGAGUGUGUGAACACGGCCGGGUCGUACACGUGUGUGUGUGCUCAGGGGUUCAAACUGAGCCUCAACCAGACAGCCUGCCUCGAUGUGGACGAGUGUGUGAAGCCCGGUGUGUGUGCGGACGGUCGCUGUGUGAACACUGAAGGAUCGUUUCAGUGCCAAUGUCAGACCGGCUUCACCACCAACCCAGAGAGGACCGCCUGCCUCGAUGUCGAUGAGUGCGUCUCGUCCGGCGGCUCAGUCUGCGGCUCGCAGUGCUGCGAGAACACGAUUGGUUCAUACCGCUGUCUCGCUUCCUGCGAGCCGGUCUAUCGGGAGUCGCCUUCCCGCAGCGGUGAGGACGUUGACGAAUGUGCCAACUCGACGAUCUGCGGGGAACACGCCACCUGUCAGAACCUGAUAGGAAGGUACCUGUGCGUGUGCCACCAGGGCUUCACCUCCACCGCCGACGGGAAGGCCUGUGAGGACGAGGAUGAGUGUGUGUCUAUGCCUGGUGUGUGCGGUUCUGCACGUUGUGAGAAUGUUGAGGGUUCGUUCAUGUGUGAGUGUGACCGGCGUGGAGACGAGUUCGACCCGAGCAUCAGGCGGUGUGUCAACACGGCACGACAAGGAGGAGCUCUGGACUCCUCCUCCUCCCACGUCAGUGUGGGGGAGUCACCUCCCGUGAUGCCUCCCCUCCCUGCGGCUCGUCCAGGUGAGCUGAGGGAGUGUUACUACAACCUGGCUGAGCGGGGCACCUGCAGCCUGCUGGCCACCAACACCAGCCAGCAGGAGUGCUGCUGCACGGUGGGGGAGGGCUGGGGGCUGGGCUGCCAGUACCACACCUGCCCCGCCACAUACACAGCCGAGUUUCAGUCUCUGUGUCCCAGCGGGAGAGGAUAUGUCACCACCGGACCAGGAGCCUUCAGCUACACAGAUGUGGAUGAGUGUAAGCGUUUCCAUCCAGAGGUGUGUAAGAACGGAGUGUGUGUCAACAACAUCCCCGGAUACAACUGCUACUGCUCCAGUGGAUACGUCUACAACAGCACGCUGCUGGAGUGUGUCGAUCACGACGAGUGCGAGGAGGAGAGUUGCGUGGGCGGAGUUUGCGUCAACACGGUGGGUUCGUAUUACUGCAGCUGUCAACAUCCUCUGGUCCUCGACGACACGCAACGCAACUGUGUCAACUCGUCUCACCUCACCGUGGGUAAGACGCCUCCACCUCACCUCCACCUUCACUCACCUUCUCCCUCGUUCUUCCCAUUCAUGGUCCCUCCUUCUCUCAGUCCCAGUUUUCCUCAUCUGUUCAUUUAUUCAUUAAUGUCGAUGAGUGCGUCCGUCCGGCGGCCAGUCUGCGGCUCGCAGUGCUGCGAGAACACGAUUGGUUCAUACCGCUGUCUCGCUUCCUGCGAGCCGGUCUCGGGAGCGCCUUCCCGCAGCGGUGAGGACGUUGACGAAUGUGCCAACUCGACGAUCUGCGGAGAACACGCCACCUGUCAGAACCUGAUAGGAAGGUACCUGUGCGUGUGCCACCAGGGCUGCACCUCCACCGCCGACGGGAAGGCCUGUGAGGGAGGAGCUCUGGACUCCUCCUCCUCCCACUUCAGUGUGGGGGAGUCACCUCCCGUGAUGCCUCCCCUCCCUGCGGCUCGUCCAGGUGAGCUGAGGGAGUGUUACUACAACCUGGCUGAGCGGGGCACCUGCAGCCUGCUGGCCACCAACACAGCCAGCAGGAGUGCGCGCACGGUGGGGGAGGGCUGGGGGCUGGGCUGCCAGUACCACACCUGCCCGCCACAUACACAGCCGAGUUUCAGUCUCUGUGUCCCAGCGGGAGAGGAUAUGUCACCACCGGACCAGGAGCCUUCAGCUACACAGAGGUGUGUAAAGAACGGAGUGUGUGUCAACAACAUCCCCGGAUACAACGGCUACUGCUCCAGUGGAUACUCUAACAACAGCAGUGCUGGAGUGUGUCGUACAUCACGACGAGUGCGAGGAGGAGGUUGCGUGGGCGGAGUUUGCGUCAACACGGUGGGUUCGUAUUACUGCAGCUGUCAACACCCUCUGGUCCUCGACGACACGCAACGCAACUGUGUCAACUCGUCUCACCUCACCGUGGAUGAGAACAUGUCCCUCUGCUGGCAGCACAUCACCGCAGACCUGGUCUGUCAGAGUCCUCUGGUGGGACCUCGGUUCACCUUCAUGGACUGCUGCUGCCUGUACGGGGAGGGCUGGGGGUUGCAGUGUGCCCUCUGUCCGUCCACCGACUCCGACGACUACGCCACUCUGUGCAGCUCAUUUCUUCGUCCUGCGUAUCCGGGGACUUUUCCGGACUCUUCUGCAUCUGGACGAGGAGGAGGAGGAGUAGUAGGAGGAGGAGGAGGAGGAGGAGGAGAUGAGAGCAUGUCCGUCUGCUGGCAGCACAUCACCGCAGACCUGGUCUGUCAGAGUCCUCUGGCAGGACCUCAGUUCACCUUCAUGGACUGCUGCUGCAUGCACGGGGAGGGCUGGGGGCUGCAGUGCCUCCUCUGUCCGUCCGCCGACUCCGACGACUACGCCACUCUGUGCAGCUCAGGAGGUCCUCCAUACUUCCCUCCCUACACUUCGGAGUCCUUCCCUGACGAUUACUCUCCAGCAGGAGACGACAGGUCCGGCUUCAGAGGGAGGGGCCCAGUCACCUUCAGCCUGCCGGACGCCUCCCCUCCCAGGUCUCCGUCCUUCCGCCUCCCUCCAGACCCCCGGGCUGAGAGGGCGUUCGGAGCCCGGCCUCUUCCUCCAUCACGGCCUUACGAUGGUCCUCUCACCCUGCCCGGCGCUCCUUACCUGGACCAGGAGGAAGAGGAAGAGGAGGAAGUGGCGUUCAGGCCGGGUCCGCCCUUCCCUCCGUUCACUGAGAGGAGCAGAGGUGGAGGUGGAGGAGCACCGAGGAGGGUGUAUGAGAGGCGCUACGAGUCCUACGCCGGCCUGAGCACAGCAGAGGAUUGUGGGAUACUGCACGGCUGUGAGAAUGGAAGGUGUAUUCGUGUCGCCGAGGGUUACACCUGUGACUGUUACCAAGGAUACGGACUGGACAUGACCUCCAUGACGUGUAUAGAUAAAAACGAGUGUGAGGACGGCGUCGGUGUGGAGUACCCGUGUGUGAACGCUCGCUGCGUGAACACCGAAGGCUCGUUCCGCUGCGUCUGCAGGAGAGGAUACGUGAUGUCACGCAGACCGAACCAUUGUGUGGCUGCGUAGACCGGACCAGGACCGGACCGGAUGGACUGAGAACUGGUCUAGACAAUUAAAACUACACAAUGACAGACUGGGCUAGACUAGAUUCGACUGGUUUGGGACCAGAUUUGACAAACUAGAUUUAAAGGUUAAACCAACGAAAGAGCAACUUUACAAAGAGAUUUCUGAAUUCAUGUUGGGGGUUCAUGUGAUGUCUCAUGUAGUUUUGGGGGGGCAGGGAGUCUCAGAGAUCUGGACUAAACUGCUGGAUUUUCUCUGGAAAAAGGAAAAUAACUUUUUCAGGAUCAGUUUUCUGUACACGUAAUUUACCAGCGUCUUCACAUGACGGAUUAUAAAGAUAUUACAGUCAACGCUCAUAUUUUUCUAAAGAGGAUAUUUGUGGAACCUUAAUUCAUGAUUGCAUAAAUUAAUUUAAGACAUCGUUAUAACGCUCAUAACGGAGAGCUGCAGGAAUGAGUCCUUGUAAAUAACUGAGCGUGCCUGCACGGCUACUAUUUACUGUUCCCCAUACACACCUGUUCUUUCUCUCUCUGCCCAGGUCACAUUUUUUAACUUCA